CUCGUCGUCGCAUUCAUCACUUUGUUUGUUCACCACAAUAGAUUGCCCAAACUCGGGCUACCUCUACAGCACCGAGAGAUCAAGCGCUAGAGUUCACUCGACACGGUUAUCCGCACCGCAACAGCUGCAAGGUUUAAUCCACGCCAACGGCAACCUCCUGCAACCCCCCUCUCUCCUCCACCUUCCCUCACCUUCUCUCCUACCACCACCAACCAUGUCCCUCGACUUGCAGCGAUCAGUCGCCGACCUGCAGAAGCGCUUUGACGCUGGCGCCAAGGACGAGGUCGCAAAGCAGGCUUCACAGCUCAAGGUCCAGCUCGUCCGCUCUGGCCUCUACUUUGCCCCUCCCGACGCUGAUGCCAAGGACCUGCUUGCGGCCCGUACCAUUCUCGAGAUCGCGACCUUCAACGCCUUGCGACAGAGCAACCUGACCGCCUACACGCAGUACAACGCUGCCCUCCAGGCAUUCUACGUCAACCUUGCGCGUGUUCUCCCCGCGUCGCCCAACCGCCCCAUCAUUAUCGGCCUACAGCUCCUCGCAAUGCUGAGUGAGGGCAAGUACUCGCAGUUCCACAUGACGCUUGAGGCCCUCCCCGUUAGCGAGCUCGGCGACGUGUUUGUCCGCUGGCCUGUCGACCUGGAGCGCUGGAUGAUGGAGGGCGCGUACAACAAGAUCUACCGUGCCCGCGAACGCGUCCCCCGUGAGGAGUACGCCGUGCUCCUCGACCGCCUGAUGGGCACCAUCCGCGAGCAGAUUGCUCUCACCAUCGAGACGUCGUACCCCUCCCUGCCUCUGCAGAACGCGGCGGCUCUCCUCUUCUUCAAGAGCGGAGAGACUGCGCAGCUCGUCAAGUUUGCUACAGAGCGCGGAUGGGACCUCGAGCCAUCUACCCAGACCUUCACCUUCCCCAAGUCGCCCAUUCCCGACAUUGCCCUCGCUGCCGUUGCCGCCCACGACUCGUCGCGUAUCGCGCUCGACAUUGCGGGUGGAAAGGGUAUCAAGCGCGGCGGUCCCAUGCAGGCCAUGAUCAAGCCAGCGCUUGACCUCGCCCACCAGCUCGAGGCCAUUGUGUAAUUAGACUUGGGGACAAGUAGGUCGGCAGCAGUUGCAUAUGCAUGUA